AUGAAAGUGAUGAAUGACAAAGUCGUUCCUGAUGCCUGCAAACAGCUGGACAAGAUCACCAAAAUGAACCUUCUUCUACGUUGUGGCCAGCUUGGCAGCACCGAUGACAGGUUGGGUUGCGGCUUCAGCGCCUAUGGCAUUUUCAAAACAUGCUCUUCCAGAAGAAGGGCGACAUUCUGCUUGUUGCGAAAGCUUACAACUCCAGGGUCAUUCUGGAGUGGCUUGCUCACGCUUUGGAGUCUGUCCGCGGGGACUAUGCUGAUUUUGAUGAAUUCUGAAUACUUUGAUCUCAUUACGGCGGGUUUGUGCCACAUGUCCUGGUUCAUCACGCACAUGGAGAUGGCUGGAUGCUAG